AUGGAGAUAAUUUGGAGAGACUCCGCCACUAAGGAUGCCUAUGAGGAGGCGCGUGUUGGUCGCGUGUUCAAUCACCGUCGUCCCUCGCGAUUCCCCCUCGCUGUCGUGAAGGCCACCAGCGAAGAUGAUAUCGUCAAAGCAGUGAAGAUGGCUGUUGAGAUGAAGUGCCGGGUGGCAGUUCGAUCGGGUGGGCAUUCUUGGGCUGCGUGGAGUGUUCGCGACAAUUCUAUUUUGAUUGAUCUCGGCAACUACAAACAGGUGGAUGUUGAUGCGGAUAAAAGAGUUGCAAGGGCCACACCGAGUAUGACUGGCCGCGAGCUCAAUUCCGCUUUGAUCAAGGACCAUGGAUUGAUGUUCCCCGGUGGCCAUUGUCCAGAUGUGGGGUUGGGCGGGUUUUUGCUUCAGGGUGGCAUGGGCUGGAAUUGCCGAAACUGGGGAUGGGCAUGUGAGAGAGUUCUGGGUUUGGAUGUAGUCACUGCCGAGGGCGAGUUAAUUCAUUGUAACUCGACUCAGAAUCAGGAUCUGUACUGGGCGGCUCGGGGAGCUGGUCCUGGCUUCCCUGGUGUUGUCACCAAAUUCCACCUCAGCUUGAUCCCAUACCCGAAGAGAGGAUUCCGUUCCUCGGGCUAUGUCUACCCGAUCAGUCAAUACCGAAAGGCAUUUGACUGGCUCCUAUCAAUCACGGAAACCUUCGAUAAUGACACUGAGAUUGCCGCGAUCUCGCACUACCCAGAAGGCUCUAAGGAAAUGUGCUUCUUCAUUCUGUUCGUUGUUAUGAAAGAUACUCCCGAAGAGGCAGAGAAAGCACUCCGCCCAGCACAAGAUACUCGUCCCGGUGGGGCCAUUGAUGAAUGGUUCUGCAGGGAAGAUAGUCUCGAACAGCAAUAUGAUAAACAGGAAAGCGCCAAUCCUGAAAAGCACCGCUACUGUGCUGAAAAUGCAUACAUCAAAGAUGACGCUGAUGUCCCCGCGGUACUGGAGGAAGCAUUCACUACCCUACCCCAUCGAAAAGCAUUCGCUUUAUGGUAUCCGAUGAACCCGUGCAGUCGCCGGAAGCUACCAGACAUGGCUCUCAGCAUGCAAUCCGAUCAUUACUUUGCGCUGUAUACAGUCUGGGAAGAGGAAUCUGACGAUGCGCGCUGCCAAGCGUGGGUGAAGAAUGUGAUGAAGAAGGUUGAGCGACAGUCUGUCGGAGCAUACCUGGGUGAUUCCGACUUUCAGGUCCGCCGAACCAAGUUCUGGGCCGAUGAUAAUGCCAAAAGACUGAUGACUAUUCGGCGCAAAUGGGAUCCCAAGGGUCGUGUUUGUGGAUAUUUGGAUGAAGACGACAAGUCGGGAACAACUGGUUUGAGAAAUGUGCAUGAGUGGAAGCUGUGA